AUGGGCUGGCAGGGGAUUACAUGGUACAGGGGAAGUGCACAGGGGCUAACAGGUGGUGCACAGGUUGAUGACAGGGAAAACUUUGGGGAUGACAGGGAAAGAGAGGAUAUUUUUAUAGAGAAAGAUGGACAAAGUACUAAUUUUGAAAAUGUAGAUGAACUUGUUCUCCUGAUAUACCUGUUGUUCCUGGUGGAACCCCAAGCGGGGAGUCCAUGUCUGACCUCUCUGUUCCUUUCUGGGACAGACAAACGAAAGGACAAGGCUAAAUUUAUAUUCCACAUUCAGAGUAAAAGCGGGGGGAAUGAAGCAACGGUCAAUUUAACAGACAAAGAUGGCCAGAGUCCUCUCCAUGUCUCUUGUUAUAUGAAACAUGAUCGUUUGGUAGAAAUUUUGUUGAACAGUGGCGCAACCGUGGACUUGAAAAAUCAUAUGGGAUACACUCCGCUAUAUAUCGCAUGCAAUGUUGGACAUUGCAAAAUAGCUAGUCUUCUUUUAGAUAAGGGAGCUGACAUAAAUGUAACCGAUAAUAUGGGAUUCACUCCACUGUAUGUAGCAUGUCAAAGAGGAACUAUCAACACCGUAGAGCUUUUGCUGAAUAAUAAAGCCGACGUGAAUUUAAAAAGCAAAGCAGGAUUUAGCCCACUUUAUGGAGCAUGUUACAUGGGUAAUAACAAAAUUGUCACAAAAUUAUUGAACAAUGACGCUAAUAUAAAUUUACUUGCAAACGAUGGAACCACCCCUUUAUAUAUCGCUUGUUACAACGGACAUGACGACAUUGUGAAAAUAUUGCUGGCCAAUGGUGCUGACAUAAAUUUAUGCGAUAAAUCUGGAAUUAGCCCACUGGCAAUAGCUUGCGAAAAAGGAUACAACGCCACAGUCGAUAUCCUUUUAAGUAAGGGUGCUGAUGUCAAUGCAUCUGAUAAAAGAAAGCGUAGUCCUUUAUUCAGAGCUUGCUUUCAUGGAUAUAUUUUAAUUUCGGAAAAGUUACUCGAGAAUGGCGCUGAUGUAAAUUUAAGUCAGGAAAAUAACAUCACACCCUUGCAUAUCUCGUGUAUGAAUGGACAUGUAGACACAGUGAGGCUUCUGUUAAAAAAAGGCGCCAAUCAGAAUUCGAUCACCGAAGAGGGACAUAGUCCAUUUUAUAAAGCUUGCCUUGAAGGGUAUGAACAAAUCGCUUUCAUACUAAUUAACAAUGGGGCUGAAGUUAAUUUACAUGACGAGAUGGGUAUCAAUGCUCUCCGUAUAGCAUCUACUGAAAAACAUGAAAGCAUAGUAAAAGCGUUGGAAAAAAGAGUAGCGCGGUCCAGUGUUCAAAAGUAG